GAUGAGCAUAUUUUGGACAUUGACACUUGACACUGAAAAAUAUUGGUUUAUUUUUCUACAAAAACACAUUCUUUACGUAACAAAAAUAUGAAUAAAUAGUAAACAAAAUGAAUAAAAAGGCAUUGCUGACUAGUACUUUCAAACACGUCGAUCAUGUGGCUUUAUCUUACUUUGGUGCGAAUCUUAUCAGCGCGAGAACAGUAACUUCAAAAGCAACAGAAAGGAAGCUUAAGGAAUGCUGUCGUGUUCUAAAAAUUCCUCUAGAUUCCAAGCAAGAUGUGGUCCGCCAAGCUUUCCUAGACCUUGCCAAGAAAUACCACCCAGACUCAGGGUCACCGGAGGCAGAUAUGGACAAGUUCGUGGAGGUAGAGAAUGCUUUCAGGACUCUCACUAAGCAUAACACUGGAGUCAGCAAUAAAGAGGAAGUGGAGCAAGUUGUUUAUGAUAUAAGGCACACAGCACCACAACAUCGCCAGUACCUGAGCUAUGAAGGUUAUGGCCAUGGAACUAUUUUCCAAAGACAAAAACAGUACACACAAGCUCGAGCCCAGAAAGCUGCCAUUAACGUAAUGGAACACCGCAUUGAAAAAUCUAUGGCCACUGAAAAAACUCUCAUGAAAAAAGGACAGUAUUCAAAGAAACAUGAUAUUAAAACGAAAUAUGGUUUUGAUAGGCUUGUUGAGGAUUUAAUUCAGGAAUCUAUGUCUAAAGGAGAGUUUGAAAAUCUAAGUGGCAAAGGAAAGCCCUUGAACAAUCAAAACAAUAAUCCUUAUGUUGAUUUCACAACUCAUAAGCUUAAUGAGGUACUUAUAAACAACGGCUUCACCCCUGAAUGGAUAACUCUAGCAAAAGAAAUAGAACAAGAGAUAGCUGACUUGAAAAAAGAAAUUGCCUCAGACAGAUCACCACUAGGACCAUACCCGCUAACGGAAGAAGAAUAUACAAAAUGGCAGAUUAUAUACAAACAUAACAAAGAAUUAGCUUCGUCAAUAAAUAUGAAAAUAGAUAAAUACAAUCUUAUAGUCCCUUUGUUAAAUAAACAGAAGUUUCAUGUAGAAUUUGAUAAAAUAUGCGAUGACAUUUUGAAAAAUGGCAUCCAUUCUGUAGUCAAACCUAAAAAAGCUGAGAAUAUAAAUGUUGUUAAAAAUGAAUAUUUAAAUAACGAUAGUGGGGACUUGUUUGGGAUGUUUUCUAAAGCGUUGAGUAACUUGUUUACUUUUAAAGACUUUAAAAAAAGUUAAUAGAUAUAUUUUAUAGAGGUAACUUGGCUAUUCAAGAUAGCAUUGCUAGUUCUAAUUUGGUCUUGCCACUUUACAAAAUUCAUCAUCAUCAAUACAAAUUUUAUUUUGUAGUGCAACAUGGUAACAAACAUAUCUAAUUUAAAUUAGUAUCUUAUCUGUGAUAUUAGUAUGUAGUCCUCGCAGUCCUCCC